GUGAUGAUGAUGAUGAUGAUGAUGGUGUUGGUGGCAGAGACAUGCGCGAUGACGUUAAUGCAAACGACGAUGUUGUUAAUGACAGAGAAGGCGGCGAUGUCGGCAAUGCCAAUGAUGAUUAUAUAGAUACCGAUGAUGGCGAGGAUGACGUACUGGCUGGUGCUGACGUACGCCGCCGCAUUGUGUACCAUCACAAUCGAAGGCAUGCGAUUCGAGCAACUGGGGCCUUGGAAAAUCGGCAUCAUGUUGCCGAUAACAUUAAUUUGGUUAACGAAAAUCGUUCGCACGAUCUAUGCGGCGAAGAGGAUUAUGACUACGAAAAUGAUUGCCAUAGCGAUUGCGAUCAUAAAAUUUUGGACAGCAACUAUAAAUGCCACUACAAGCGAUGCAAGCAAGAGGCGGCAAUGCGCACUCAACAGGCACACCCACAGUUGCAACAGCAACAUUUGCAUGCGCAACACUAUCACCAACAACAUGCUGCUGAGAUAAUGUUGCACGCGCGCAACGGUCCGUUGAAUGAUGCUAUUAGUCUCACAACGGCAGCUGCGGCGCCUCCACCCCCACCCCUGCCAGCGGCACCCGCACAAUUGGCAGUCGCACACCGUCACUUGCAUCCACAAACCGUUAUAAAUCUUGGGCGCUGCAGCAGCGCUCUGGAUGCGCUUUGCUCCGUAGAAGCCGCUGCUGCAGCGGCCGUUGCUGCGCUCUCACCAGCCUCCUCGAAUGCCUCAACAGCAUCCGCAACGCUACAUCACCAACAACAAUUGGCAUAUGCACAGCAGCAACAUGCUGCUGCAGCUAACUAUCAACAGCAACAACAUAACCACCACCAACACCAACAGCAGCAGCAAACUUUGGCAGCAGCUGCCAACUUAGUGCAACACCAUCAUUUGCAACAGCACCAACAACUACAACAACCGCAACAUGCGCCUCACUUCCACACCACGCCACCAAGUGCUAGCACGCCGCCUAGCCACAACAACAACGUACAACUGCAACUCGUUGCAGCGGCGAAUGCCAAUUCACCCAACGCCACCAACACCCCGACUUCGGCGGGUGCAUCAGCAGCAGCAGCGGCGGCGGCGGCGGCGGCGGCAGCAGCUGCUGCUGCUGCUAAUCGUCGCGAUCACAACAUCGACUACUCAACGCUUUUCGUGCAAUUGUCCGGCACGCUGCCCACGCUGUAUCGCUGCGUCAGCUGCAAUAAGAUAGUGUCGAACCGUUGGCAUCACGCCAACAUACAUCGGCCUCAGAGUCAUGAGUGUCCUGUCUGCGGGCAAAAGUUUACGCGUCGAGACAAUAUGAAAGCCCAUUGUAAAAUAAAACACGCAGAUAUAAAAGAUCGUUUCUUCAGUCAUUAUGUACAUAUGUGAUCAAUUCUUUAUGUGGUCAAAUAAAUAGUUAAAAUUAAUCACUCGCGCCUCGAGCCACUUACCCACACACACACACAGACACACACACACAGGGGCACAGUUCUUCCAUUAGACCGAAUUCACUUAAAAUAGUAUUUAUUUCCACUCUAUAUUCUUCAAGCUUAUGUAGGUACAAAGUGUCUCACUAUUACGGUUGGCAACUCUAUGCCCAGCAUACUUCUACGCGAUUGUCGUGAAUGUUGUGAAGAAAAGACGAAU